AUGACGAAAAAACGCUCGCUCCCAUCAUGGAUGAUGAAACCGGAAGGGAACCAACAAACAUCAUCGUCCACGGCACAAAAUUCUGCACAGAUCAACUUGCAACCAUCGUCAAACAUGACUUCUCAAAGUAAUGCAAAUGAAAUUAAAUAUUAUAAAAACAACAAUAAUGAAAUUAGUAGUUCCGAUCAACCCAAUCCAACAAUGGAUAUCAAUUUUACUCUCAAUGAAACAAAUAGAGAUAAAUUUUCUCCUUUUGAAAUGCAAAAAAAGAGAAGUUUGGAACAAGCAGAAAUGAUUCAAGAUGGAGUGGAACCUCAAAUUAAGUUUUCAAAGCCAAAUCUUUCCAAAGAUCUCGUUAAAGAAUUUGUAAAUUUUUACACUUCAUGCCCUAGAGUCAUCGUCUUGGAUUGUGAAACAAGUGGUUUUUCAAAAUCUGAUCAAGUAAUUGAAUUGGCUGCAGUUGAAUUGAAGCAUGGCAUUCGCACUGGAAAAUUAUUCAGUAGUCGUGUAAAGUUGAACAAUGGAGUGAGCAUUCAUGAAAAAGCCCAACAAGUCCACAAAAUUACAGAAAGAGAUUUAUUGGUCCAUCCACCAAGUUCGCUCAUUAUUGGAGAGUUUUUGGAAUUUCUUGGCGAGGAUACUUCUCUCAAAACAGGAGUUGUUGCUCAUAAUUUGAAAUUUGACAUUCGAAUGAUUAAGCAAGAUAUUGAAAAGUACUGUGGACAUCGUCACGUUCCUAUGGUGUUCCAGGACAGCUCUCGUCAAUUUUGUACCAUGCAAUUCCACAAGAACGCUCGAGGAAAGAAUGCAAGUUAUGAUUUAGACAGUGCAUGUCAUUAUUUUGGAAUUUCGAGAGGGGAACGAGACGAAGCUCAUAGUGCCUUACAAGAUGCUGAGAUUACUGCCCAAUUGUUUUUGAGUCUUAAGGAAUAUGUGGAAUGGGAAAGUAAUGAGGAAUCUGUGCCUAUCAGUUCACAGCAGAUCGAUCAUGACAAUGCAGUUGCUAAAACUGAACCCAAUGAAAUCAGGCUUGCUGGUGCAACAGAGGUAUUUUCACCUUUUUCAGAAAAUUCUAUUGAAAGUCAGUUUGUUGAGGAAGAAAGCAGCAGCAAUAGAGGAAUUUUCAGCUUUUUCAGAAAACUCUUUUGGUAUUAA